AUGUCGUUCCGCCGCGCUUUGGCGCUGGCCGCCUGCGGGCUGGCCGGCGGCUCCGUCCUCUUCUCUGCUGUUGCCGUGAGCAAGCAACCGGCCCGCGGCGGCGAUGCCGAGCAACGGCCGGGGGCCUCUGCCGCCGGCGCUCCCCCCGCUUCUGCCGCGCCGCCGGGUUUGCUGCUGCUGCCUCCCGCCGCCACCGCCUCCUGCCCCCCAGCCCCUGGUUGGAUAGAGAGACCCCCAGGUACCGGCGGCUACUGGGACAACAACUGGGACAGACGUGAACCGCUGGCUCUUGUCAACCUGAAGAAGAAAAAUGAAGAAACUGGGGAAGAAGAACUUGCCUCACGCUUGGGUCACUGCAAAGCAAAAGCCACCAGGCACAUAUUCCUCAUCCGUCACUCUCAGUAUAACUUGGAUGGCCGGGCUGACAAGGACAGAACUCUGACCCCACUUGGUCGAGAGCAGGCUGAACUGACUGGACACAGGCUGGCAAGCUUGGGAUUAAAAUUUGAUCAGAUUAUCCACUCCUCCAUGACCAGAGCAACCGAAACAACUGAAAUUAUAAGCAAACAUCUCCCAGGAGUCAAAAAAAUUAGCACUGACCUGCUGAGAGAGGGAGCACCUAUAGAACCAGACCCUCCAGUCUCUCAUUGGAAACCAGAAGCUGUGCAGUAUUAUGAAGAUGGAGCUCGAAUUGAGGCUGCUUUUCGAAACUUCAUUCAUAGAGCUGAUGCAAAGCAGGAGGAGGACAGCUAUGAGAUCUUUGUCUGCCACGCCAACGUGAUCCGCUACAUCGUCUGCAGAGCAUUGCAGUUCCCCCCAGAAGGCUGGCUACGAAUGUCUCUCAACAAUGGCAGCAUAACUCACUUGGUGAUCCGGCCCAACGGACGAGUGGCACUUCGAACGCUGGGUGACACAGGUUUCAUGCCUCCAGACAAAAUCACACGCACCUGAAUGAGCCAAACUGAUGGCUGGCCAGCAGCUGCCUCUGCUCUCUUUGCACUAGUCCAUUCAGCUAUGGUGCCACUAGGUUUUUAUCUGUUAUGUUGGGGUGUGAUGCCAUCUUCAAAAUGUCCUUUAGCCCCCUUCCCCUUUCAUACAUACUCGUAUCUGCCUUUCAGGCCAGAAAAGAAGAAAUCUUUGUAAGCUUGAAGCUGUCCAGCCCUCAAGUAUUCCCCAAAAUGCAAAGCUGGGCUGUGUAAUACAGCCAUUGAAUGUCUGUGUGCUCAGCAAUUGCAAGAGCACUGACUUCCCCCUCCACCCUGUGUGCAUUUCUAUAACCAAAGUGUGCUCCUGUGGGUAUUUUUCUUGUGCAGGAAAGCAAUUGGUGUGGCUCUGGAAGGAACAGCCUUGUAGCUCACUGCAGCUAAAACUGAAGACAAGACAGCUGGUUUCAGCCCCUGCAGAAGAGGUGACAAACAGGGUAUUCUGCUGCUCAAGGAACAAAGGGAUAAGGCUUCAGUUUUUGUAAGCAGUUGAGGAUGUGUUUGUUGUGUCACUGUCCCCCCCGCCCUCCAAAAAGCUCAUGUGAACUGUGCCUACAGAUUGUAAGCAUAAAGCAGAGGGUAAACCCCCUCCCAACCCCCCCUUGGCCUCAGAGCUGUGGUGCUAGAAUUAACUGCUGUGUCUACUAAGUAGUGUUCUCCAUCCUGAGGAAGUGCUUUAUUCUGAAUGGUGAUUUUUCAGUCUCAUAAAGCCUUUAACUGAAACUUGAUCUGUAGCAGGAUGUGGGGAUGGCUGUAGCAGUGAGACAGAAGGAAAGCAGCCACCUUCUGAAAGUGCUUCCAGGUGCUGACUUGGCAUUGAGUGCUGGCGCCUAUUGAUCAGCAUUGGCUGAUACCUUGCUCUUGGAGAAAUAACACUGCAGGGUUCCAGGCAGGGAUACUUCAGGUUAGAGGGUCUGUAGUAUUGGGACAAAUUGCUGGUGCCUGAAGAGUGAAAAAUCUGUGGGAAGACUUUCCUAGUCAAAGUGAGUAGUAGAGAGGUCAGGCAGAAUGCUUUAAGUGGCUCUCCUGUACAGCCCUGGCACUGCUGGACUUGCUCUAGGGAACAUGCAGGUGCCUGAGAACUUGGUUUUGUGGUGAGGAGAGGGCUCAGAAGCAUUUAAUCUUAAGGCCAUUUGUUAGGCACCUGAAUCAGGGUGGCAACUGAGCUCACUUACUACCUGGAACACUGGAAAAAUGUCACUGUACCCACCCUGUGUGGGUGACAGAGCACAAGCCAUAGGGCAGCAAAUACAAAUAACUUGUUUGACAGGUGGUCUUAGCACUGAGAAUGUCCAUGAGAUCCUACACUCAACUCCUGGCAGAGCUGUGUGAAGCACAAGCACGGCACACACCCUCGUGAGACAAGGUUUAAUGGUUUGCUUGGUGCAGGACUGCUACAUCAGGAGGAAGGAAACCGGGGCUAGGAGGGAGCAAAACAGGAUCAGCCUGUGGGGCAAGAUGUGGGGGCAAGAGGAAAC